UUUUAGAUGCAACCCCGGCGCUGGGGCGUACAGUAUAUAAACCAAACAUACUUCCUGCUACACCACUGUAGGUGAGCCUGUUGGAUGAAGCUGUCAGAGCAAAAGGACUUCUACAUGUGCUGUUAUCAUCUCUGACUUCAUCAACAUGAAGUUAUCUCUGGUUUUACAGCAUUUGCUGCUGUUUAUAUCAGUCCUGCCACUGACCAACCAACAACCAACUCCUUUUCAAACAACAUUGCCAGAAACUACCACCCCUGACUUAGCAGCAACCACCACAAUGACAACCACCACAUAUCCAUCAGAAAACACCCCAUUGCCAACCAGCACAGUUCCACCAGACAGCACCCUAUUGCCAACCACCACAGUUCCAACAGAAAACACCCCAUUGCCAACCACCACAGUUCCACCAGUUGUUGCAACAACCUCUGCACAGCCAUGGACAGCUCCUGCAAUAUUCUAUCCAUUCGGCUCAGCUGUAGGAGACACUGAACUAAACGUUAAUUACGAUAUAAACCAAUAUCUUGUUACUCUUUCGACUCCAUUUUCAUUCUUUGGCCGCACAUACAACAGCUUAUACGUUCUUUAUAAUGGACUCCUUGCAUUCACGCUAUCUCCAGAGAUAAUGCCUGACGCUAACCCCUUCAUAGGAACUGAUGAUUUCAUUGCUCCGCUCUGGAAUGACUAUGAUGACUAUUACCUUGGGAUGAUUUCAUUUCAGCAGUACACAGAUUUAAAUAUGCUCGUCCGCGCUAGUCAGGAUGUAAACCAGCAUUUCUCUACAACAAACUUCCAAGCUUCUUGGGUCUUUGUUGUCACUUGGAAUUAUGCCUCUCAGCCAAACCCGACCAUAUAG